AGUGAAGAGUUAAAAGUCUGAGCUGUCUGCCUGCAGUCUCUCCUGUGCCCACGGUAUUUAGCAGAAAAAGUCAGACUCCUGCUCCUUGUCCGAAGCUGGGUUUCAUUUUUCUCCCGUUUGCGCUGCAGAUCCGUGGAGGUGAGACGGCAAAAAACUAAAGUUGUCACACUGCGCGCUUGAACAGGGGAAAGAAGAAGCAUGAGUGGGUGCUAAGAGUCAAAAGCAUCGUUCACAUCUUUGCACCAGAACAGAGCUGCAGCCUGCUUUGCCUCAGAUUGUUGCUGGUCCAGUUAAGUUGGACACCUACACAUGAUGUCUACAGAGGUGGAAAACGGUUUACCAGCAACUGCUGACCCAACCUCCACACCCUCAACCACCGACAACCCGCCCUCCUCUCCUGUGACCACCACACCCAAGACCCUGUUGAAAAAGGAGAAGCGGAAAGUUCAAGAGAAGACAGAUGAGUAUCUCUUGAGCAGGUUUCAAGGGGACGGCGUGAGGUACAAAGCCAAGCUGAUUGGCAUUGAUGACGUCCCAGAGGCCAGAGGAGAUAAAAUGUGCCAGGAUUCUAUGAUGAAACUUAAGGGGAUGGCUGUAGCGGCUCGGUCCCAAGGCAAGCACAAACAGAGAAUUUGGGUCAACAUUUCCAUGUCGGGUCUAAAGAUCAUUGACGAGAAAUCAGGAGUAAUUGAACAUGAGCAUUUGGUGAACAGGAUUUCCUUCAUUGCCAGAGACGUAACUGACAACAGAGCGUUUGGAUAUGUAUGCGGAGCUGAAGGACAGCAUCAGUUCUUUGCUAUAAAAACGGCACAACAGGCUGAACCCUUGGUCAUCGACCUGAAAGAUCUUUUCCAAGUCAUCUUUAACAUGAGGACGAAAGAAGCAGAGUCAUCACAGAAGGCUGAAAAUGGCUCUACAGGCGUUGAGAAUGGAGGUGCCUUGCAAAGUGGAGAUGGUGGUUCAAAAACUGCCCAGCAAGUGGAACAGCAUGACCUUUUUGGAGACAUUACAACUCCUCCAGACAUCAGGUCUCCAAAUGAGUCUAAUGACAUUCUGUUGCUGGACUUUUCUGCUGGAGUAGACAGCAACCAGAAUUGCAUAAAGGAUCUGGCUUUUCUGAACUCCCUUGGCCCAGACUAUGAAACAUCCACAAAUUCUAAAAAUUCUCAAGCUUAUGGCUUCUUUCCUGCUCCAGAAAGUGAUCCAUUUGGUGAUGACCCCCUUUCCAGUCCAACCAAUAAUUUUGAAACCACUGCACAUGCAUCCCCUGCCGGUAACUUUAGCAUUGCUGCUGGCAGCACCAUUAAGACAAAUUUUGAUAGUUUGAAUGGAGAUGUUCAAAACAAUCAGACAAACAUAUUAUCCAGCAAAUCGAUGCUGCUUGCUCUCAACAAUGGACAGUGGCCACUAGGGGGUAGUAUAACACAGGGGAAUGCAAUAACAAUGAUGGAUGGGAAUGAAUGUCAACAAGCAGUCUCAAGCAAAAACCCAUUUUUGGACUCUUGUUUGAAAACGUCUCCUGUCGCUGAGAUAACGGGUCAUCCAGGAGUACCGGCGACUUAUAGCAAUGACUCUGUUGUCAUAAGCCCACCUCCACAGAGCUCUAAGUCCGGACGCGGUCGAAGGAGUGCAAAGUCUGGGUCAAGUGACCUGUUCGGUGCUGACCUGUUUGCUGCUCCUGCUACUUCUGAAACAUCUCAAGUGGAUCUUUUUAACAAUACACCCACAAAUACUGCUCCUUCCACCAUAGCCGCUCUGGGGAAUCUUCAACUAGGUCCACCAGCAACAGGUGUACCUGCCAUAGGCAUGUGGGGUGCCUCUCCUGCAGCUCCGGGGAUGUUCCCCAUGCCAGGAAUGGCUGCUCCCGGCCCUAGACCAAAUUUUCCGCAACAAACCCCCUUUGGCGUUCCCAUGCAGCCCCCAGCCUGGGGGCCGCAGGUGGUACCACAGUUCAGCACCCCACCCCUCUCUCCUCCUCACCUCCAGUGGACUCAGCCUGCUGCAUCCAAUCCUUUCCAAGCAAUGGGAGAACAUGGUCCGUCACGCCCCCCUCCGAGGCCGCCAGUUAAGGAGACCCCACCACGAGUGGAGAACAGUGCCUUCACAGCUCUUGAUCCCCUUGGAGAUAAGGAGAAGAAAACUGGAAAGGACAUGUUCAAAAACUUCCAGCUUGCCAAACCUCCCGCCAUCCCGGCAAGGAAAGGGGAGAUCACGCCAGGCUCUGCUCCACCUCCUAACAAGGAGGCAGGAGCAUUUGAUGAGUACUUUUCCAAUAAAGUCGGUCUUGCUCAGGAUGCUGCAGACCAUGACGACUUUGAUAUUAAUCAGAUAUCCUCACUUUCUAAUAAUGAUACUCCAAACCCAACUUCUGCAGCAGCUCCACCUCCAAGUUUUACUCCUAACCUACUUGAUGCUGCCUUCUCUUCGGCUCCAGUCCCUAAGAGCUCAGAGCCAACAGUGGGACAAGGCCUAAGUCAGGAUAUGUUUGAUCAAGCUUUUGGUGCUCCAGAUUCCAAUCCUUUUGGAGCACCCCCUGCAGCAAUGACAACUGUUGCUCAGUCUUCUGUUUCCACGGGGGCUUUUGGAGAUGCUUUUGGGAAUCCUUUUGCUUGACCACAGCUUCUAUUUAAAGAGGACAAAUGAAGAUCUUCACCUCAAAUGUGCUGACAGGACAAGCUGCUCCAUGCAAGACAAUCCAAAUGAACUCUUCUUAUUCUUGUCCUGUCUCCGAAACACUUCUCUUUUUUUAAACACAACUGAUAGCUCUUGUUCAUGUUUGACUGAUCAACUUGGUAAAUGUCUUGGUAUGAUCUUCUGAAAGGAAAUUGUUCUGUGAAAAUGUUUAGAUGUUCACUGCUAAUGCUGUCUUUACUAAAGAAAUAAAUGUGUAAU